AUGAGCCAACUGAGGAAGACCUUCAUUGAACUGGUGAAGUCUAGUGAAGGUCUUGAUGCUUCAAACUACAGACAGGAUACAUUGAAGAAGAGCCUGAGCCGUGAUUUCCCGCAGCUAGUGUUUCACACCCCCACCAAGCGUAAAGUCUCUAAACUGGUUUUUGCUGAGACUCUGUCGAAAGAAACACUCUUGGACCUGCUAUCUUAUCCAUCAGGUGCGGAAACCACCCACUCUAGCGAGAUGAAUCAGACAGACAGAGUGGGGAAGAGCAGUCUCCUCCUGCGAUUUGCAGACAACACAUUUUCAGGUAGCUAUAUCACCACGAUUGGUGUGGACUUCAAGAUCCGGACUGUGGAGAUCAAUGGUGAGAAGGUGAAGCUACAAAUCUGGGACACAGCAGGACAGGAGCGCUUUCGCACCAUCACCUCCACGUAUUAUAGGGGAACACAUGGAGUCAUAGUGGUUUAUGAUGUCACGAGUGCCGAGUCCUUUGUCAAUGUCAAACGAUGGUUACAUGAAAUUAACCAGAAUUGUGACGACGUGUGUCGAAUAUUAGUGGGAAAUAAGAAUGACGACCCCAACUCUAAAGUGGUGGAGACGACUGAUGCACAGAAGUUUGCUGAGCAGAUGGGAAUUAAUCUGUUUGAGACGAGUGCAAAAGAGAACAUCAACGUUGAAGAGAUGUUUAACUACAUCACAGAGCUGGUGCUACGAGCCAAAAAGGAGGUGUUAGCCAAGCAGCAGGAGCAGCAACAGAACGAUGUGGUCAAACUCACCCGGAACAGUAAACGGAAGAAAAAGUGCUGCUAACAAACCUGCCAUGAAAAGGCCACACGUACACACAAACACAUGCGUACACAGAAACGGUGGGACUCAGAGCAUCUAAAUUAAAGAGCAGAUAAAGAUUUAUUAGAUAUACAAUAAAAGAUUUAAAAGAAUAAAUGGAAAACUGUCCUCUUUGGACAGACUAAUCAUGGAGACUUUUAAAAUAAAUGUACAGAUUUUAUCAAA